GGCAGCCUAAGUGCAGCUUGUCUCCACUUAAAACUACCACGGCUCAAUGCUAAGGGAUCCUGGGAGAUAUAGUUUAACAAGCCUCACCUGCCAAAGAGGACUCUGCCUCACCAAACUACACAUUCCAGGUUUCCAGGGCAUUGAGCCACGGAAAUUAAUGUUGUGUCCAACUGCAUUAGGUGUACAGUGUAGAGAUGCACCCCUUAAGCUCUUGUCCAAAAGGCUUGGGUUUUUUUUUUCCGGGAAGGAGGGUCUUUUGAAUGCUUAUAUAUAGGUUGCUGUGAGUUUUCCGGGCUGAAUGGCCAUGUUCCAGCAGCAUUAUCUCCUGACGUUUCGGCCACAUCUAUGGCAGGCAUCCUAAAAGUUUGUAAGGUAACUGUUAUGGUCAACCUUCUCAAAUGGUCCAUGGGCAAUUUCUUAGAAAAUGUGACAUUAAAUUAAAAUGCAGAACAUUAGCUGGUUUGCCUGAAGUUAGGAACAAAGUGUCAUUUGCCAAACAACGAUUCAGCACUUGGCAAUCUACAGUGGAUCCAAAGGAGAUGAAGAAAUUCCAGCUCUUGGCUCAUAAAUGGUGGGAUGAACAAGGACAAUAUGCAGCCCUUCAUUCUAUGAAUGACAUUAGAGUGCCUUUUAUUCGAGAUUCUGCUUUGAAUUUGAGAAAUGACCCCCAUCUGGGAAGCCCUCUUUCUGGCAUGAAGAUCCUGGAUGUUGGUUGUGGCGGUGGAUUGCUUACUGAACCCCUAGGCAGACUUGGAGCUUCAGUUACUGGAAUUGAUCCCCUGGAAGACAACAUUAGAACAGCAGAAGUACAUGCAGCGUUUGACCCAGACCUAGCAAAGAGAAUACAGUACAAAUCCUGUGCGCUGGAGGAUAUUGUAGAAGAGGCAUCAGAACAAUUUGACAUUGUUGUUGCUUCUGAAGUAGUGGAACAUGUGGCUGAUGUGGAAACAUUCCUCAAGUGUUGUGGUGAUGUGUUAAAACCCGAAGGCUCUCUGUUUAUUACCACAAUCAACAAAACACAGUUGUCCUAUAUUUUUGGCAUUCUGGUUGCUGAGAGGGUUCUGGGCAUUGUUCCAGCAGGCACCCAUGAAUGGGAGAAAUUCAUUGCACCUGAAGAAGUAGAGCGGCUUCUGGAAUCAAAUGGCUUUUCGGUCAAGACAGUGAGAGGAAUGUUAUACAACCCCCUCUUUGGGUCUUGGAGCUGGAUUGAAAACACUAGCAUCAACUAUGCACUUCAUGCUGUGAAAUCAAGUACACAAGAACACUUGGAUCCACAUGAAGCAUCUCAGGAUGUGGAGAAAGAAGAGUCCCAAACAGAAGCUGGUGUCAGAACUGCCGGUUAAAACAUGAAGCCAGGAUGGCAGUAUGAAUCUGGAAGGAGUUUGGCAUAAUGAACCAGUAAAGAAGAAGCAGACUGGUGUUUCAUGUGUCUGCUAAACUCACUCUUCAUUCUUCACAGUCUUAGAAGCACAAAGAUAUUAAAGAUGACACAUCUUGAACAAGAAGUUAGGUGGAUGUCUAAAGAUUGGGUGUUGUGUGCAUGUUAUUGGGAAAAGUUUGGAUUUUCAUGUAUUUCUAAAGUCGCUGAAUUCCUUUUCUUGUUCAGAUUCGGCAGCUUGCCAGUUGUGAAAAACACAACUUAUUUUAAUAUUUCUUAAUUAAACUUAUGUUUGAAUUGUGA